AUGUCAGCCGUGCGCAGGAAGUUUGGGGACGAGUACCAGGCGGUGGGCCCGGCUCGCAGCCGCAGAGAUCGGCAGCGUUUCGUGGACAAGAACGGGCGCUGCAACGUGCAACACGGGAACCUGGGUGGGGAAAGCAGCCGCUACCUCUCCGAUCUCUUCACCACACUGGUAGACCUCAAGUGGCGCUGGAACCUGCUCAUCUUCCUGCUGACCUACACAGUGGCCUGGCUGAUCAUGGCUUCGAUGUGGUGGGGCACUGCCUACCUGCGAGGUGAUCUGCACCGGAUGCAUGAUGACACAGCCCAUGUGUGGCCAACGUCUACAACUUCCCCCUCAGCCUUCCUCUUCUUCAUAGAGACUGAAGCCACCAUUGGCUACGGGCACUGCUACAUAACCGAGCGCUGCCCGGAGGGCAUCGUGCUCUUCCUCUUCCAGUCACUGCUGGGAUCCAUUGUUGAUGCAUUUGUCAUUGGCUGCAUGUUCAUCAAGAUGUCCCAACCCAAGAAGCGAGCUGAGACCCUCAUGUUCAGCCAUACUGCGGUGGUCUCACAGCAGGAUGGCAAACUCUGCCUCAUGUUCCGUGUUGGCAACCUCCGCAACAGCCACAUGGUAUCUGCCCAGAUCCGCUGCAAGCUGAUCAAGUCCCGACAGACACGAGAGGGAGAAUUUCUGCUGCUAGAUCAGUGUGAACUGGAUGUUGGAUUUGGAACUGGAACUGAUCAGCUGUUUUUAGUUUCCCCACUAACCAUCUGUCACAAAAUUAACUCCAAGAGCCCCUUUUUUUGUCUCUCACAAAGAUCACUAAGAAGCAAGCAAUUUGAAAUAGUCGUCAUCCUUGAAGGAAUCGUUGAGACCACUGGAAUGACGUGUCAAGCCAGGACUUCAUAUACAGAAGAUGAAGUUCUUUGGGGUCACAGAUUCCUCCCAGUAAUGUCCCUAGAAGAUGGCUUUUUCCAUGUUGAUUACUCCCAGUUUCAUGCCACGUUUGAAGUCCCCACUCCUCCUUACAGUGUGAAAGAGCAAGAAAAGAACCCGUCCCUAUCAUCUCCUUUGAGUAGUCUUGUCAAUAACAACAAAACCAGAAAGGAACAAGUCUGUUCACUUGACUGUAUUGAUAUUGCAGGAGAGAAAAACAAGCUCCCUUAUAAACUUCAGAAGAUUAGCUAG